GCGCUCCACAGUGUAGAUCAGGAAAAGGGAGGGGAACGGUCGGUGGCCGUUUAACUUAGGAGUAAAGAAAAGUAAAUCGACCAUAAAGUCAGCCGACCACUGAGGUCCAAGGGACAUCGCCUUCGGAGACUUUCCGGUCACCGUUGGCGGCCUGACCAGAGUCGUGGCAACAUUUUAGAGGCUGUUCCUGCUCACAAAGCGGCGUGCCGACGAAGGACGCGUCUCUUUGAAUAGACAGGAUGCACGGACCGCCCUCCGGCGACAGCGCAUGCCCAUUGCGCACGAUCAAGAGGGUUCAAUUCGGCAUCAUCAGCCCAGAUGAGCUUAAACGGAUGUCAGUUACAGAAGGGGGAAUUAAGUACCCCGAAACAACAGAAGGUGGGCGCCCUAAACUUGGUGGCCUUAUGGACCCCAGGCAAGGCGUUAUUGAACGGAGUGGGAGAUGCCAGACCUGUGCAGGGAACAUGACAGAAUGUCCGGGCCAUUUUGGACAUAUAGAGCUGGCCAAACCAGUUUUUCAUGUUGGAUUUGUAACAAAAAUCAUGAAGGUUUUGCGCUGUGUGUGUUUUUUUUGCUCAAAGCUGUUAGUGGAUGCAAACAAUCCAAAGAUCAAAGACAUCCUUGCCAAGUCCAAAGGUCAACCCAGAAAACGACUGACCCAUGUUUAUGAACUCUGCAAAGGCAAAAACAUCUGUGAAGGUGGAGAGGAGAUGGACAACAAGUUUGGGAUGGAGCAGCAGGAGACUGAAGAGGACAUCACUAAGGAAAAGGGUCAUGGGGGGUGCGGACGUUACCAGCCGCGCAUCAGACGAUCUGGUCUGGAGCUGUAUGCUGAGUGGAAGCACGUGAAUGAAGAUUCUCAGGAGAAAAAAAUCCUCCUUAGUCCAGAGCGUGUCCAUGAGAUUUUCAAACGCAUCUCAGAUGAAGAGGACAUCGUCUUGGGGAUGGACCCAAAGUUUGCUCGCCCUGAGUGGAUGAUUGUCACGGUGUUGCCGGUGCCUCCACUGGCGGUGCGUCCUGCUGUGGUCAUGCAGGGCUCCGCUCGCAACCAGGACGAUUUGACCCACAAAUUGGCUGAUAUUGUCAAAAUUAAUAAUCAGCUCAGAAGAAACGAGCAGAGCGGUGCUGCAGCUCAUGUUAUCGCUGAGGACGUUAAACUUCUCCAAUUUCACGUGGCCACAAUGGUGGACAAUGAGCUUCCAGGACUGCCCAGGGCAAUGCAAAAAUCUGGCCGUCCUCUAAAGUCCAUCAAGCAGCGUCUAAAGGGAAAGGAAGGAAGAGUCCGAGGUAACCUUAUGGGCAAACGUGUGGACUUCUCUGCCCGAACUGUCAUUACACCUGAUCCCAACCUGCAAAUUGACCAAGUCGGCGUCCCAAGAUCUAUAGCAGCCAAUAUGACUUUUCCUGAAAUUGUUACUCCCUUCAACAUUGACAGAUUACAAGAGCUGGUGCGAAGAGGAAACAGUCAGUACCCAGGAGCCAAAUACAUCAUUCGAGACAAUGGAGAUAGAAUUGACCUGCGAUUUCACCCAAAACCAAGUGACCUUCAUUUGCAGAUCGGCUAUAAGGUUGAAAGACACAUGUGCGACGGUGACAUCGUCAUCUUCAAUCGUCAGCCGACACUUCACAAAAUGUCUAUGAUGGGGCACAGAGUACGAAUUCUUCCAUGGUCCACAUUUCGACUAAAUCUCAGUGUCACGACUCCGUAUAACGCUGAUUUUGACGGUGAUGAGAUGAACUUGCACCUGCCUCAGUCUCUGGAGACGAGAGCAGAGAUCCAGGAGCUGGCCAUGGUGCCUCGUAUGAUCGUGACGCCUCAGUCCAACAGACCCGUCAUGGGCAUCGUGCAGGACACGCUCACCGCCGUGCGCAAGUUUACCAAAAGAGACGUCUUCUUAGAGCGGGGUGAAGUCAUGAACCUUCUCAUGUUCUUGUCCACCUGGGAUGGGAAAAUGCCACAGCCUGCCAUUCUGAAACCUCGGCCUCUGUGGACAGGAAAACAGAUUUUCAGCCUUAUCAUUCCUGGACACAUCAAUGUGAUCCGCACACACAGCACUCACCCCGACGACGAGGACAGUGGUCCAUACAAGCACAUUUCACCUGGUGACACCAAGGUCAUUGUGGAGAACGGAGAGUUAAUAAUGGGAAUUCUUUGCAAAAAAUCUUUGGGAACGUCAGCCGGCUCUCUCGUCCACAUCUCGUAUCUGGAGAUGGGCCAUGACAUCACCAGACUCUUCUAUUCCAACAUCCAGACAGUGGUCAACAACUGGCUCCUUAUAGAGGGUCAUUCCAUCGGUAUCGGUGACUCCAUUGCUGAUGCGAAGACGUAUCUCGACAUUCAGAAUACGAUCAAAAAGGCCAAACAGGAUGUGAUAGAAGUUAUCGAGAAAGCCCACAAUAACGAACUGGAGCCGACCCCCGGUAACACACUAAGGCAGACCUUUGAGAACCAGGUGAAUCGUAUUCUCAACGAUGCUCGAGACAAAACUGGAUCCUCUGCCCAGAAGUCUCUGUCUGAAUACAACAACUUCAAGUCCAUGGUGGUGGCGGGUUCAAAAGGUUCCAAGAUUAACAUCUCACAGGUUAUUGCUGUGGUGGGACAACAGAACGUGGAGGGUAAACGAAUCCCCUUUGGUUUCAAACACCGCACGCUGCCUCACUUCAUUAAAGACGACUAUGGUCCCGAGAGCAGAGGCUUUGUGGAGAAUUCGUACCUCGCUGGACUGACGCCAACGGAGUUCUUCUUCCACGCCAUGGGAGGACGAGAGGGUCUGAUCGACACAGCUGUCAAAACAGCCGAGACGGGUUACAUCCAGCGUCGUCUGAUCAAAUCUAUGGAGUCUGUCAUGGUGAAGUACGACGGCACCGUCCGAAACUCAAUCAACCAAGUGGUGCAGCUGCGUUACGGCGAGGACGGUUUGGCCGGAGAGAACGUCGAGUUUCAGAACCUGGCAACAGUGAAGCCCUCGCACAAAGCCUUUGAGAAGAAGUUCAGAUUCGAUUGCACCAACGAACGAGCGCUGAAGCGGACACUACAGGAAGACAUCGUGAAAGACGUGCUGACCAAUGCCCACGUCCAGAGCGCUUUGGAAAGAGAGUUUGAAAAGAUGAGAGAAGAUCGAGACGUCCUCAGGGCCAUUUUCCCCACUGGAGACAGCAAGGUGGUGCUUCCUUGUAAUUUGGCUAGAAUGAUCUGGAAUGCUCAGAAGAUUUUCCGUAUCAACACACGAACGCCAACAGAUCUGCAUCCGCUGCGAGUCGUUGACGGGCUUAAGGACCUCAGUAAGAAGCUGAUCAUCGUAAACGGCGACGACCCGCUGAGCAGACAGGCCCAAGAAAACGCCACUCUGCUUUUCAACAUCCACCUGCGCUCCACCCUGUGCUCCAGACGUAUGACGGAGGAGUUUCGACUUUCUACCGAGGCGUUUGACUGGCUCCUGGGAGAGAUCGAGACCAAAUUCAACCAGUCCAUUGCACAUCCAGGGGAGAUGGUCGGCGCUCUCGCUGCUCAGUCGUUGGGAGAACCAGCCACACAGAUGACACUGAACACUUUCCAUUACGCCGGCGUGUCGGCCAAGAACGUAACGCUGGGUGUGCCUCGUCUCAAAGAGCUGAUCAACAUCUCCAAGAGGCCCAAGACUCCCUCGCUCACCGUGUUUCUGUUGGGCCAAGCCGCCAGGGAUGCGGAGCGCGCCAAGGACAUUCUCUGCCGUCUGGAGCACACCACACUCAGAAAGGUGACCGCAAAUACCGCCAUCUACUACGACCCCAACCCUCAGAACACGGUGGUGGCAGAGGACCAGGAGUGGGUGAACGUUUACUACGAGAUGCCGGACUUUGACGUCACUCGUAUAUCGCCGUGGUUACUGCGCAUCGAGCUCGACCGCAAACACAUGACUGACCGCAAGCUGACUAUGGAGCAGAUCGCAGAAAAGAUUAACGCAGGGUUUGGAGACGACCUGAACUGUAUCUUUAACGACGACAACGCGGAGAAGCUGGUGCUGCGGAUCAGAAUCAUGAACAGUGAUGAAAACAAGUUCCAAGACGACGAGGAGGUGGUGGAUAAAAUGGACGAUGAUGUUUUUCUGCGCUGCAUCGAGUCCAACAUGCUCACAGACAUGACUCUGCAGGGAAUCGAACAGAUCAGCAAGGUCUACAUGCACCUGCCUCAGACGGACAACAAGAAGAAGAUCAUCAUCACAGAGGACGGAGAGUUCAAGGCUCUGCAGGAGUGGAUCCUGGAGACAGACGGAGUCAGUCUGAUGAGAGUCCUCAGCGAGAAGGACGUGGACCCGGUCAGGACGACCUCCAAUGACAUCGUGGAGAUAUUCACGGUUUUGGGGAUCGAGGCCGUGCGUAAGGCUCUGGAGAGGGAGUUGUACCACGUCAUCUCCUUCGACGGUUCUUAUGUGAACUAUCGGCACUUGGCUUUACUCUGUGACACUAUGACCUGCAGAGGUCAUUUAAUGGCCAUCACACGUCACGGCAUCAACCGACAGGACACGGGCCCGCUCAUGAAGUGCUCCUUUGAGGAGACGGUGGAUGUGCUGAUGGAGGCCUCGUCUCACGGUGAGGUGGAUCCGAUGAAGGGCGUGUCUGAGAACAUCAUGCUCGGACAACUCGCUCCAGCGGGAACGGGCUGCUUUGACCUGCUGCUGGACGCAGAGAAGUGCAAAUACGGCAUGGAAAUCCCCACAAACAUACCAGGCAUCAGUGUGGCUGGACCCACUGGAAUGUUCUUUGGUUCGGUGCCCAGUCCCAUGAGCGGCAUGUCCCCUGCCAUGACCCCCUGGAACACGGGGGCGACUCCGGCGUACGGGGCCUGGUCUCCCAGUGUGGGCAGCGGCAUGACCCCGGGAGCGGCGGGUUUCUCCCCCAGUGCGGCGUCCGACGCGAGCGGGUUCUCUCCUGGGUACUCGCCCGCCUGGUCCCCCACCCCGGGCUCCCCGGGGUCCCCGGGGCCCGCGAGUCCGUACAUUCCGUCUCCAGGAGGAGCCAUGUCUCCCAAUUACUCCCCCACGUCUCCCGCGUACGAGCCUCGCUCUCCUGGUGGAUACACUCCUCAGAGCCCGGGCUACUCCCCCACCUCCCCCUCGUAUUCCCCCACCUCCCCCUCUUACUCCCCCACCAGCCCCAACUACAGCCCCACCUCCCCCUCCUACUCCCCCACCUCCCCCAGUUACUCGCCCACUUCUCCCUCGUAUUCUCCCACGUCUCCCUCUUACUCCCCCACGUCGCCUUCGUACUCGCCCACCUCUCCCUCCUACUCCCCCACCUCCCCCUCGUACUCCCCCACGUCGCCGAGCUACAGCCCGACGUCGCCGAGCUACAGCCCCACCUCCCCCAGCUACUCCCCCACCUCUCCCUCGUACUCCCCCACCUCCCCCUCAUACUCCCCCACGUCCCCGUCGUACUCCCCGACGUCCCCGUCCUACUCCCCCACCUCCCCCUCCUACUCCCCCACCAGCCCCAGCUACAGCCCCACGUCCCCCAACUACACCCCCACGUCGCCCAGCUACUCCCCAACGUCGCCCUCCUACUCGCCCACCUCCCCCUCGUACUCCCCCACCUCGCCGAACUACACCCCGACCAGCCCCAACUACUCCCCCACGUCCCCUUCGUACUCCCCCACCUCCCCCUCCUACUCGCCCUCCAGUCCACGCUACACACCCCAGUCCCCGACCUACACCCCCAGCUCGCCCUCGUACAGCCCGAGUUCCCCGUCGUACUCGCCCACCUCCCCCAAAUACACCCCCACCUCCCCCUCCUACAGCCCCAGCUCUCCAGAAUACACCCCCACGUCCCCGAAGUACUCGCCUACGUCGCCAAAGUACUCCCCCACUUCGCCCAAGUACUCGCCGACCUCCCCGACGUAUUCACCCACUACACCCAAAUACAGCCCCACCUCUCCCACCUACUCGCCCACGUCUCCAACCUACACCCCUACGAGCCCCAAAUACUCCCCCACGUCUCCUACCUACUCCCCCACCUCCCCCAAAUACUCCCCGACCUCCCCCACCUACUCACCCACCAGUCCUAAAGGCUCCACCUACAGCCCCACCUCUCCCGGAUACAGCCCCACGUCGCCCACCUACAGCCCGGCCAUCAGCCCCGACGACAGCGACGAGGAGAACAACUGAGCCGCGCAGAAACGGUUGAUGGGAAAUCCUGAGAAGAAGAAGAUGUAGACAAAACUAUAAUGUACAAAAAAGACUUGAACUGCUUUGCCUGAAGAAGAAAAGGCUGCCUUUUGAAACUAGUUUUUUCAAUUUCCACAUGGGGGUGUUGAAGAUGUAAACUACAGGCCCAGGAGGGUUUGAAACGCAGAAGAAGAUGCAGAAAACGCCCCUCUAACUUUACAGUUUACAACAACUGGUCUCCUCCUGUUCCUCCAGUACAGUUCUAUACUUCCAAGACAUCGAUGAGUAUGAAUUUCAAAACAAGACAUCCAAAUUCUGAGUUUUUUAGGUUUUCAAAAGUAAAUAUUUGUUACUUUUGAAGAAUACGCCUAAACAACUCGUGAUUCAGGAGUAACUGGAGAGAGACACUGGCUCGGGCUUGUCAGUGCAGACCACACAAACUACAUCUGUGUAUGUAGGCUUUGCUCUUCCUACUUCAACCCCUUAAAAACACCUACGCGAUGUCUCGUUACAUCUACCAGCAUUCUCUCGUCUUGCAUCAAAAGCAAAAACACUUCCAUAGAUUUCUUCCCUUUGCAAUGGGAUUUAAGAAGUUUAUAUGAAAAUAGAAGUCAGAAAGAUUGUUCUGGCUUUAAUUUUGAUUCUAGAAAGAAAUGGGGCUCGUGGAUUUACAAAGUUGCUGCUUCUUUUAUUGUUUGCAUGAGUAGCAAAUGUUAAAACAGUUUAAUCAAGCUAUAGGUUGGUAUUUUUCAAAAUCCUCUGCUUUAUAAUCGUAGCCCCAUUUCUGAUCUGACAUGUAUCCAGUUAGUUUUAUUUGGGAAAUUCACUUUAUUUAAGACAAAUGACUAUGAUUACUAUCUGUGUGAAUACAAAUAGAGCAAAAUAAGAAGUUUGUUUUUCUUGUUUGCUUUUGGUGAUGCGUAAAACUGUUUGCAAGAGGCUCAUGUUCUCUGUGGAUGAAGGGCCAGAGGACUGUAGCAGACCUGUGUCUUUCUGCUCUUUCCAAAGCAUUUAGUUUGACUUUGCAUUUUCAGAAACUCAAAGGCCAUUUCAUAUUUCACACAACAGGGUAACGGUCAAGUUUCCAUCAGAAAACACCUCUGCAUUAGUGUGAAAUUAUGACACAGGGGUGGACUUGUCUGUGCUAAAACAUAUUUAUUUGACUUUUUUUAAUGAAGUAUUUGCUGAUUCUCCUCUUCCCCUUCAUCCACUUUGUCCCAAUUUCUGAAAUCAGUGUUUUUGUUUUUUUUUUUCUACACAUGUUUGUACCUGUGACGAGGUUAAUCAUGGGGUGUGUGUUUCUGAUGUUACCAGGAGUCCUGUAGUAAGUACCUAAUUAAUUGAUUAAUAGCCUUUGAUUUUCAGUUAGACUGCCUUAAAUCGACAGUUUGUUUCAGUCACUGCACUUACUAAACUGGAGGGCUGAUGUUUUCCAUAGUCUCCCCCAGUUGCGUCCCCUGCUGCUGUCUUAAGUGCGCUGUUUAUAGAGUGGUACAUCGGGGCUCCUGGAGAGUGAAUGUGAGUGUGUGACGUCAAGACGACAAAAACGAAGGUUUAACUUAAUUGCCACUGUAUAAAAAUCUGCUCAUAAUCUCAUUCUUUGUGUCUCUGUUCUGUUUGUUUUUGGACUUGGAAAAAUUAAUAAAAACCUUUUACUA